AUGUUGCCGGUCGCCGGCGAGCCUGACGGUGAACCGUUGCCGGUGUCCGGCAAGUCCAUGAUGGAGUGGAAGGACUCGGUUGUCCGAGCGGCUGCAGCGAUGGGAACGACGCCGGCAAGUGACUCGUUCGACUCGUGUUCCUCCGAUACAAGCUUAUCCGAUACAAGCACGUCGGAGACCGCGGCCCUUACCUCUGAGUGGAGCUCUAACUCGUUACUUAGUCUAAGCUCUACUCGCUCCGAAGAAGCGGAGGAUUUAAGUAGCACUGAGGGUUCUGGAGCCGCCUCCCCUGGAAGUCCAGGUAUGGCAGAUGCGGCGGCAGCGGCAGCGGCAGAUUUGCAAAGAGUGCUGCUACUGGCGGAAAACGCAGGAAAAUUGGAGGAGCUAGCGGAGAAUGCGGCAAGGAUGGGCCUAGUAGCAGAAGCGCAAGCGCUCACGUUGAAGCUGGAGAGAACAGCGGAUGAUACGGCAGAAACGGCGGAGACGGCUGGCCAGGUUGCCGACGUCAUCGAUACCGCUGGCCCUGCAUCGCCUGCCGUACCUUCCGCUCCUGUAAUAGAAGCAUCUCCUGCUCCUGCACCAGCCGCCGCCGGCCCGCCCGCCACAUUUGUCGCGAUGCAGCGACGCUCCGCCACGAGCCGCGCCGUGCACAACGCGGCCCGGCGCGGCGACGUGGAGGAGCUUCGAGCGCUGCUGGCGGAAAACCCGGAGCUGAUCAACGCGCGGUCGAGCCUGACAUGCCAAACCCCCCUGCACGAGGCGGCGGCGGAGGAUGCGGUAGAGGCGAUUCGUCUGCUCCUGUCGUUCGGCCGACCGCCGUCCGAUGCGGGGAACAGCGGCGGGGACGAGCAGACGAGGGAGGAGGCAUCAGGCGCGGUUCCCGCGGACGUCGAGGCGCGCAACAUGGUGAGCGAAACACAUUUCAUGCUUCCUCUUUCCGCCAUCUCCCCCUCCCCAUGUCCCCGCUCCGCAACCCCUCCUUCCCUUCCCUCCCCCCUCCCCCUCCCCUCCUCCCUGCUUCCCCUUCUCACCUCCCUUCCGCCUCGUUUCAGCCCCGUUAUUUACAUGUUCCUCCUCUCCUCAAUUCUUCCUCAUUUCCCGCUGCUUCCCCGCGCGCUCCCCCACGCCACCCCACUCCUCCCCUCCUCCCGCCCCUCCGCUCUCCUGCAUUCGCUGCUUCCCGUCGCUCCAAUGCAGUUUGGCGAGACGCCUCUUCACAUUGCUGCCAAGAUCGGCAGCGCGAGGAGCGUCAAGGCGUUGCUAGAGGGCGGCGCGGCCGUGAACGUCGCUGCUUCGAAUCGCGCCACUCCGCUCCAUCUCGCCGUCUGGGCGGCAGUCAACACUACUGACGUGGCAGCCGAUAGCAACGCGGGAGAGGAUCCGGCUGGCAAGGGCCAACCGAAGAUUCUGGAGGUGGUGGAGCUGCUGUUGAAACACGGUGCUGACGUGGCAGCGCAGGACAAGGACGGAAACUCCCCAUUGAGUCACAGUCAAUUAGGCACCUCUUCUGCUACAAGCACUAGCAACAACGGCAGCAUCCGCGCCUCCCUUCGGCGAAUCCUCGACCGCCACGUGGCACUCAACGCUCCCUCCCCUUGUUCGUCCCAAACCUCCCCCGCCUCCGCAUUCGCCGUCAUGCAGACGCUCGAAAACGAGUUAUCCUCGUUAAUAGGCCUCCCGCUUUUGAAGCAGCAACUGCGCGUGUGGGCGAAGGGCCUGGUCUUAGACCAGAAGCGGCGGGAAUUGGGAAUCCGCGUGCAGCCGCGCAAACUCCCCCACAUGGCUUUCCUAGGUUCCCCGGGCACGGGGAAAACCACCGUCGCGCGCGCGCUUGCGCGGCUGUUGAAUCUAGUGGGUGUUUUACCCACGGAUAAGGUGGUGGAGGUUCAGAGGACGGAUUUGGUGGGCGAGUUUGUUGGGCACACGGGCCCCAAAACGCGGAGAAAAAUUCUGGAGGCGGCUGGGGGUAUUCUUUUUGUUGACGAGGCGUACCGGUUGGUGCCACAGCAACGGUCAGAUGAAAAAGACUACGGCGCGGAGGCAUUGGAGGAGAUCAUGUCGGUUAUGGACUCGGGCAGCGUUGUUGUGAUUUUUGCUGGCUAUGCUGAGCCAAUGAAGAGAGUUUUUGCGGUGAAUGAAGGGUUUCAGCGGCGUGUGUCACGAGUAUUCGUGUUUGACGAUCUCUCUCCACUCGACAUUGCGCAAGUCAUGUUGCUGAAAAUGAAGCAGGCGGCUGGAGAAGCGACUAAUGGGGAUGAGAGUGAUGGUGACUGUGCUAUCAGCAGUAGCAGCAGUGGUAGCGGAAGAGAUUAUGGAGCAGGAGCCAGUGGCAGCAGCAACAGUGACUUUAGUGAAGCCGGUCAGCAGUCGCCCCUUGCAGGAUUCAGGCUGCAUUCCAGCAUAACUCCAUUGUCCCUAGCAGCUGUUAUCACCCGAUCAACCACAGAGGAGCAGCGAAGGCAGAGGAACGGUGGGAUGGCGCUGCCUGUGCUAAUGGACGCUCGGGAUCGACUUGACGAACGGCUGGAUCUUGACUGCUGUGACAUGGACGAGCUCAUGACUAUAACGAUGGAAGACAUCGAGGCAGCUCUGUCAAUCAUUCCUCAAUAA